GAACAAAAUAUGGAAAAGAAUUAGACUAUUAUUGACAAAAAGUUGUAGAAAUCUCGAAACGUUUUAGUUCAUUGUCAAGAUGGCCAACACUAAACCGCUGUGCAUUCAACCGUGAAACGGUUGAUAGAAAGUGUUAUAAAUUCGUUUUCUUUCUUAUAAGAAGCUGAAUGACUUAGUGGACGCCAUUGGUAGACAGUUCAUUUACACUAUAGUACAACAGUUUGGAAAUGGAGACUCAAGUACUGUUGAUCCUAUCCUGCAUGGUCCUAGCGACUGCAGCAUGGUCGAGGCCUUUCUACCCAGUACCCCAAGGACCAAUGAGGUUCACGAGGUUCGCCCCACCACCACCGCCGCCUGCGCAUCUACGGCUGCAUGCCCUGCACCAUCACCAUCAUACUCCGCUUCAUCUGCAGCCACAAGCCCAACCCCAUUUGCAACCACAACAUAAUGCACCUGGGGAAUCAGCAGAUCUAGAAGACGCGAAACGGCAGCGUCCAAAACGUGGUCACCAUGACUACGACCACGAUCAUGACCAUGACCACAAAGGCACCAGUGGGGUCACAGGCCCAGUGCACACAUUCGUCAAAACGGACAAGAAUGCCAACUACAAGUGGGGAGUAAGGCAUCACGUGGGGGACAAAUACGCCUCCUAGACCCCAAAUCAUCCCUCCAAAACUAUUGUUACAUUAUUUAUUUAAUAAUACUCUUAGAUUUAAUUGUUGUGUUACUUAAUUAGAUUUAUUUUACUCUAA